UUAUUUAUAUUUUAUACUUAUUAUGGCGUACGAAAGAACAACUACUGAAGGAGUCUGCACUUGGCUUGCAGCUGAAACUUAUACCUCUGGUUGGAAUACGUUAUCUAUCUCCAGAGGUUUAACAGAAGAUGUAAUGACAAUCAUUGUUAAGCAUUUUCAAGAGUUUGACAAUAGAGUUAAACAAGGAAUACUAUUGUCUACUGUCUGUAUGAGUAAAGGAGAUUUAAUGUCACUUGGUGGAAGUUUAAAUCAGAUCAUUCAAAUAGCUUUAAAUGACUCAAACGAUUUCGUUCAAGCAACUGCUCGCGUAAUUGAACCUUAUCUUGCUCAUCAUUAUUUCAAUUUGAAUAUUGAUACUUGGUUAAAAGACUUUCAAACUUUAUUACAAAAAAUUGGUACAACAAUUAAAGAUAAUGGCAUUAAUUUCCAUUUAUUGGAAGACAUGAUCUUACAACCAAAUGCUCGUACAACUCCAUGUCAUGUUUCAUCUAAUUAUUCACAAUAUAAACCCACUCAAAAGCAACACUUUCAACUUACUUCAAAUCAAGAUGAUAUUAUUUCUGCUGAAGCUAGACUUGCUCGUUUUACAAAAGUAAUUGAAUUAGAGGAACGUUCUGAACAAGUAGAGGCUCAACAUGCUCAAGCAGCUGCCCAAAAGAGAGCAGGUGCUGAAUUAUUAUCAAAUACCACAAAGCGUCCUACUAUUCCUUCUCCUAAUUCUAUGAACGUAUCUAGUCCUUUCCCAUCUCAUCGUAAAAACAGUGUUCCUGUUACUAUGAAUAACAAUCAUUAUCAACAACAACAACAGCAACAGCAACAGCAACAACAACAAGCUAUUGGUAGACGUAGUGCUUCUUUAAAUGCUGUCUCUGCCGUUAGCUCUUCUUUAUUUACUAAACGUCCUGCAAGACCUACUUCAUCUGGUGGUGGUUUAUUUAUAAAACAGUCAAGACCUGUCUCCAGACCUAUUCAAAAAUCAUCAAAUAUCUCUAGUACUAAUUUACCAAAGGGUUUACAGCGUGUACAAAAAACUCAAAUGCUUGACUUUAAUACGGCCACUGAAUUUGAACAAAGUGCAGCUUAUGCUAAAAAGAAAGCACAAGAUGCACAAGCUGAAGCUAAAAAGCAAGAACAAGCAGAAAAGAAAAGAAAAGCAGCUGAAGAGAAACGAGAGAAAAGCGAAGCUACUAAAAGAUCAAAGGCAGCAGCUAAAUCAAUUGAUACAUCAAAACAAUCUUCAACAAGAUCUUCUUCACCCAAGACACCCACAACAGCUUCACCUGUUUCACCAACAAUCAAUCAUGAGUAUCCUUUGAUACCUUCUUUAUCUCAACAAGAUCAAAAAGAACAAUCAGAAAUGGAUUCAACAAAAAGAAGAAAUUCUUCAAAAACUGCAACUCCUCCUACUGAAAAAUUAACUACCUUUUAAGAAAAGAAAAGAAAAAAAAUAGUUAUAAUUUAUAUGUGUUUUAUAGUUUGCUACAUAAAUGUUAUAUAUUCCUUUUACCCCCUUCCCUCCUAUGUAGUAUUUAUUUCUAUUUGUUCAUUCUAUUUUCUCAAUAUUGCAAAAUAAAGUAAAAUAAAGUAAAAUAAAUAAAAAAAAAAAUCUAUCCAUUAUAUUUACAAAGUAAA